UUUUUGUUGUUUGUUUGUUUUUUGCUACAGCUAGAUGGUACUCCGGUACAGUAGGUGGCGGUAGGCCUGGAUUCACACGGCCUGUGCACUGCAUUAGCAUUCGCUAAUGAAGAAGAUCCUAGCUAGUAACCUAAGAGAACGAAAGACAAAUCUGCAAAAAAGUCAUAUUUUGUGCGUAGUUGUUUUUUAUGCAACGACAGAACACAUUUUCAUAAACUCGUUAAUAGAGACCUGAAGGGUUGCCAAUUCGAGCUGGACUGGCGAUCAACUGUAACCUCAUUCCGCGAUUUGACCGUAAACUAAGAUGCCAGCACCGGAGGAAUCAUACGGUGCCAACACAGUGGUAGAAAACAUCUGUAGGCUCCCCCCAGAUCUCUUAACGUCGACAUGUCAGCACAUUCUACUUUAUCUACAAGGGAACACGAGCGGAAUAGAUUCAGCUGAAAUCUCUCAAACAUUUCAGAGGGCCGAUGUGAGACUGGAUCACAAAACCCUGCAGAGCAUCAUCAGCUUUCUUUCUUUCACAUUCAGGUCAGGGGGGAAGAGCAACUUAUCUCCAGAUGAGCUCGUGACCAAGCUGGAAGGAGGCAGCUCCAAGUGGUCCAAAUGCUGCCUUCAGGUGCUGCACGGGGUGUGGGGCCAACACGGUGCGCUGGUCCACGCUCAGCAGGAGGUCCGCACCAUGCUCAGCGUCGGCAAACUGGUGGACAUGGACUGGAAGCUGGGGAUGGCGGUGAGCUCGGACACCUGUCGGUCUCUCAACUUGCCCUACGUGACUCUGCUGCUGAAGAUUCUGGAGCCCUCGGGACAAAUUUGCCAGCGGUCUUUUGAGAUGACCAUUCCCCAGUUCCAGAAUUUUCACAAGGAGUUCAAGGAGAUAGCAGCUCACAUGGAGACGGUGUGAUGGAUGGAACGCCUGACUGUUUUCUCCCAUUUUGUAGCAGGCGGAAGGAGCAGCCGGACACAAACGUUUGUCUCCCAUCUGUUGAGAAGUGACAAUGUGAAUUACUGCAAAUGUCAACUCUCAGCUUGUUAUUUUUGUUUUUUUUGGUAAGAGAAAUCCAUAAUGCAACAGCUGCAUAGUAAUGUCAAUUUUUUUAUUUUUUAGGUUUCUUAGUUCGUGUACAUGCUUCUAAAAUCAAAUGCCUUUGUUUUUUGUAUAUAUCUGAAUUUAAUGCACUUUACAUCUCUUGAACCAUUUUCCAUUUCAUUCUGCUUUCAGCUACUGAUUCAGAGAGAUAUUUUGUACAUUUUUAACUCCACCGCAUUUAUGUAACAUCUUGAAAACUAUACAUUUUCCUGAAUAAG